ACUGCGCAUGCGCAAGACUGACUCGUCCGCUCAGGAGUUGAUACUGAAGCUGUCCUCUGAGCGGCUUCACCUUCAGCCAUCUUAACCAUGCUGGGUGCCGUUGGACGCUGCUGUAACGGGGCUUUGCAGGCUUUUAAGCCCGGUGUCAACUCACUGAAGACAUUCGGAGGAAGAAAUGUGAGCCUCAACUUAUGCAAGGGCUAUGCAAGCCCCGCCAUGGUGCGGCAAAACCAAAAAUCAUUCUUUUUACGUUCUCUACUCUUGUGUCUUUUCUCAGGUGAGAACACAGUCAGGACAAUCGCUAUGGAUGGCACAGAGGGUUUGAUCCGUGGGCAGAAGGUUCUUGAUACAGGGGCUCCUAUCAGAAUCCCUGUGGGGCCAGAGACUUUGGGCAGGAUCAUGAAUGUCAUUGGAGAACCCAUUGAUGAACGUGGUCCUAUUAGCACCAAACAGACUGCUCCUAUCCACGCAGAAGCCCCUGAGUUCACUGACAUGAGUGUAGAGCAGGAGAUCUUGGUCACUGGCAUCAAAGUGGUAGAUCUCCUUGCACCCUAUGCCAAGGGUGGAAAAAUUGGUCUGUUUGGCGGCGCCGGCGUGGGUAAGACUGUUUUGAUCAUGGAGUUGAUCAACAACGUGGCCAAGGCUCACGGUGGCUACUCUGUGUUCGCUGGAGUCGGAGAGCGCACCCGCGAGGGCAACGAUUUGUACAAUGAAAUGAUUGAGUCUGGCGUCAUAAACCUGAAGGACACCACCUCGAAGGUUGCGCUGGUGUACGGCCAAAUGAACGAGCCCCCGGGCGCUCGCGCCAGAGUUGCCCUUACCGGCCUGACUGUUGCGGAAUAUUUCCGCGAUCAAGAGGGCCAGGAUGUGCUUCUCUUUAUUGACAACAUCUUUAGGUUUACUCAGGCUGGAUCAGAGGUGUCUGCCCUGUUGGGUCGUAUCCCCUCUGCUGUGGGAUACCAGCCUACUUUGGCCACCGAUAUGGGUACCAUGCAGGAACGGAUUACAACCACCAAGAAAGGUUCCAUCACCUCCGUGCAAGCGAUUUAUGUGCCCGCCGACGACUUGACCGACCCCGCUCCCGCCACAACCUUCGCCCACUUGGAUGCCACCACCGUGCUGUCACGUGCCAUUGCCGAGCUGGGCAUCUACCCCGCCGUGGACCCCCUGGAUUCCACCUCCCGCAUCAUGGACCCCAACAUCGUGGGGUCCGAGCACUAUGACGUCGCUCGAGGUGUACAGAAGAUUCUCCAGGACUACAAGUCGUUACAGGACAUCAUCGCCAUUCUGGGUAUGGAUGAACUGUCUGAGGAAGACAAGCUGACUGUAGCUCGCGCUCGCAAGAUCCAGCGUUUCCUCUCCCAGCCAUUCCAAGUGGCUGAAGUCUUCACCGGCCACAUGGGGAAGCUGGUGCCUCUCAAGGAAACAAUCAAAGGAUUCCAGAGCAUUCUAGCAGGUGAAUACGAUGCCUUGCCUGAACAGGCUUUCUACAUGGUGGGUCCCAUUGAAGAAGUGGUCCAAAAGGCGGAGAAAUUGGCAGAGGAGCACUCUUAAAAUGACAUUGGAUGGAAGUCUGUUUGAUUUGUACAGUAUAAUUUCUAUUUCAGCAACUUCUGACCUGUCACGCUAAGUAUGUUGUGCUUUGCUUGUAUUGCUCUGGAAAGCUUCAAAUGAGAUUAAAAUGACAUUGUGAUACAGCAA